GUUUUCGCGCGUUUUUGAUAAUAAAUGUCAAUCACGCGGCUUCGUUUUGAUACAUUUUGUUAGUUUUCUGUAUCGUUUAAAAUAAAAUAUUCGAUGGUAUAGUGUUGUUUUUAUUAUGUGUGUGCAUCAAUUUUCAAUUUCUUUUUGUUUUAUUUGAAGUACGAAAUUAGUCCUUCAUAAUAUGAAUUCAGUAACCUCUAAAAGAAGUUGGGCGGCGGAAGUGCAAAUGGAGGAAACAAAAGAGAAUUCUAAAUCCAGUAGGGAUAAAUCAGGUGGAAGUAGAGAAAAUUCAAACAGCAGAAAAAAGGCAAGACCAAAUAGCAAGAGUGAAAGUGAAAAAAAAGAAAGUACACCAAGAAAACCUUUGGAAUUGGAAACGGACCCUCUAGUAUUACGAAGACGACAAAAACAAAUAGAUUAUGGGAAAAAUACAGUUGGCUAUUACAACUAUACUACCCAUGUUAAAUAUGAAGAAAGAACAAAAGACCAUCCGAAGACACCUGACAAAUUUGCCAAAUACAGCAGAAGAUCUUGGGAUACUCUUAUCAGGUUAUGGAGGAAAAAAUUACAUGAAUAUGAUGUUGAUGGAGAAGAUGAUUGUUUGGACAAUGAAGAUGAUAGUGACAAACAAGAUUGAUAGACUGUUUAAUUUUAAGUAAUAAUUACCAAUUAAUGCAAGGGUCAAUUUAUAUUAGGUGAAUUUGUAUGUAACAUUUCAAAUUAUUGCUUCAAUGUAUUCAAAUUCCAUACUAAAAUUUAUUGACUCUUAUUAAGUUAAGGGAGUUGAACCUACACAUUAGUGGUGUAGUAACUGUAACAAUAUAAGUCUUAAUGACUUUGUUAAUAUGUAAUUGUAGGAUAUUGAGUAUUAGUAACUCACUCUGGUUUUGCAUGGGUGCCUGCUUACAUUGGUAUAGAUAGCCUUGUAAAUUCGUCUAUAUUUAUGCAAGUCUAAUGCAGAUAUUUAUGAACAUAACUAAAGUUAUUAUCCUAUUUAGUGCAAUUAUUUAGUAAGUAUACACAUACAAACAUUUUUUAUACAUAAAAGUGAUUAAUUUUGGUAACUUUUACAAAAUGUAGGCAAGUGUGUUUUGUUAAUACACAUUACUUCCGAGAUCGGAUGUUUUCUGGUUGUGUUUGCAUAAUUUAUGGUUAUUAUCAUGGAUGAAUAUAACAAUGAGAUGACAAGCUCUGUAUGAGCUUGUCAUCUCAGUGUUUUUAUGUAAGUGUAUAGUAAUGCAUAAGUUUUGACAUAAUACAACAACUUUAAAUUGGUAUAACUACAUUUAUACUUUUUUUAAAUGAUUAAUAUGAUUGUUUAUAUUAUAUGUGACAUUGUUCAAUUAGUAAGAGAUUUACACACCAAUAUUAUAGUUUAACAUUUUGUAUAUCCUAUCCUGAAAACUGUCUUUCUAUCUUUACUUUGAAGUAUGAUAGGUCUUUACACUAAAUAGAUUACCAAAAAUAAUAGACAAUAAUAUGUAGUAGUAAAGCACUUUUUACCUCUAGUCUGCGAGUGUAAGAGACACGAUAGAAAACAAUUGUCUCGCGCCGAUUUGCACUCCAGCUUACUAUGAGUUAAUUACUUAUAUUCUUGCACAUACACGUCCACAUGAGCAGUUGGAGUGAUGUUCAAUAUUCAUACUAAGAAGUUUAUAUUAUUAAUAAUGAUAAAAACUAUAAUUUGAUUAAAUAAAAAACAUUAAUAUGACUCCA